AUGCUUCGCUCAGUCCAGGGCCUGACUCGGUCGCUCCCCGUCGGCGGAGCUAUGCGCGCCAUCCACACAACAGCAGUCGUGCCCGCCCGCAAGCGCAACAACCGCAAGGCGGAGCUCGAGGCCAAGCGCAAGGCCGAGGCGGAGGCCGCUCAGCGGGCGCAAGAGCAGCUGCGCAAGCUCAAGGACACUGCGUUCCUGAAUUCCCUGGUGAACGCCGGGCGGCUGUUUGACACGACGCAGAUCUCGCAGCAGGACGCGGCUCUGCACAGCACGCGCGGCCAGCAGCAGGAGUCCGAGGGAGCGACGAAGCGGCAGGCGAGCUCUGGCCUGUUCUCGUGCCAGGUGAGCAACGAGGAGAUCAACCUGGUUACCAAGGUUGCGCCCAAGGCGAUUCUGGGCGGGUCGGCCGGGUACAGCUCGCAUGUGAUGCCCGAGCUGGCAAUGAAGAACGCUGAGAUCCAGGCCGAUAUUGUCAGGCGGAUCGUGGCUCUGGAGAACGCAAACUCGAAGGCCGUGGUCAAGUUCAACGUGCAGAAGGCGCUAGGAGCGGUGCAGGCAGCUGUGGCCCACCGCAAGGACCAUCACAACCGCCGGGCGUACACGCACCUGCUGCACAAGCGCGCCAAGAUCCUGAAGUAUCUGAAGCGGGAGUCGCUGGAGCGCUACUAUCUGUGCCUGAAGCAGCUUGGUCUGACGAAGGAGAUGGUCGAGGGAGAGAUUGUCUCGCCCAAGCGUAUCGAGUAA